AAGGCCUUAGCGGGGGAGGGGAGGGGGGACGGGACAGGGAGAGGAGCAGACAGGCAGACGGGCUGAUCCACCCAAAACACUGUCACAGUAAAAGUUUUACAGAGAAAGAAGAAAAAAAAGGAGAAAUGGGGCAGAAAGAGAAGAAGGAGGGCAAGAAGAGGAGAGAUGAGAGCCCGGCGCCGGACGACAUCAAAAAGUGCAGAUUCUGUCGCUUCCCUCUGCUCGUCGCCCUGCUCCAGCUGCUGCUGGGGGUGUCCGUGGCAGCCGUGGCGUUCCUCAUGUUGGCCAUCAGCCCCUCGCUCCUGGCCAGGGAGACCCCACACUGGGCUGGGAUCAUUCUGUGUUUAGUUUCUAUCGUCGGCUUCAUCCUGUACUGCACCACCUACCUGCCCGAUGAGAGGACGUCCAUGCAGUUCAUCGGCAAGCUCCUGUACUUCAUCCUGUGCACAAUCGGCCUGGUCAUCUCCGUGCUGGUCGUGGCGUUCGCCGGACACCACUACACUCAGACCAGCAGCCUCAGCUGCGAGCGGGACGGGGAGGACUGCGCGUGCAAACUGGACCCGAGUGACCCCAUCGCCCGCACCUUCACCUACGAGGGAGUGAGCGACUGCGGGGAGAUCACAGAGACCCUCACGCUCUACUUCCUGAUACAGAUCGUGCUGAAUCUGGUCCAGGCCCUGGUCUGCGCCGUGGGAGCCUUCAUCAUGUGGAAGCACCGGUACCAGGUGUUCUUCGCUGGCCUGCAGAUCGGCUCGCCCUCCUCCCAGCAGUGGCAGAAGGUUUAACUGUGGUGAUGAUGACAGAGCUGAUUGGAUGACUCCGAUCAGACAGAUCAGGACAGAGGAGGAGAGCCAACUGUGUGAUUACACUCUGAAGGACGGGGACGUUUGACUUUUUUUAGUGCGUGUGCCUCAAGUGUGUUUUCUUUGGUAUCACUUCAUAUAAACCUUUAAAGGCUCUUUGCACACAUUUUAUACAAUAACUCUGAUGAGUUCUACUUCCAACAGCUGGUGGUGUAAAAACAGUCAUCAAUGAAAAGAAGGGUCAGACAGCUCUUCUAGCUGUGAGGCCAGAUAUAUGAAGCACACAGUAUUUGAAUUUCUUUUCUGGAGACCCACUGAAUCACUGUGUUGUUGAAACAUGAUGUGCAAAUGUUAAACUGACUCUACUUUUACGGCAACAGGCUAAUUUAAAAAAUCCACUAUACGUCCUCCACUUUUAAUAUUUAGAAAAAUUGUCACAUCUUAGUUCGGUGCUCUACUUUCUUCACAUAUUUAGAUUGUAUUUAAAGGCUUUAUAUGUGCCUUUUGAUCCAGCAGAUGUCGCCCUUGAGCACCAGCAUGAAACCAAAACAACUCUCUCUGCAUUGUUGUGUUAGCAU